AUGUUGUAUUCUACAUUUCUCGCCGCAGUUCACGUCGCCAGUAUCGCCAGUGUCCGUGCCCGCGGUCAUUCUCAUACCCACUUUCACAAAGUGCGCGGGAUCAAUGAGGUGUUUGCUCUUGGGGCAAACAACAAUCCAGCGGAUGUACAAGAUGGCACUGGAGCCGGAAGUGAUUGGUACACGACCUAUUCUGGAGAUGGUUCAGCGGCCGCUGGCUGGCCUCUGAUGGCACAGUGGGUGUCGUUCGAAGACAUGGUCAAUGCCAACAAGGGCGUCAUGCGCGUUUCCUGUGUCAAUCUAGGAUCGGACAACGGACCUGACGAUAGCGAAGACGAGAUUGAUCUAGUCCUGAACGCGGUUCAAUAUGUUUCCUACCUGACCAACGUCGACCACCGCUUUAUCCUGGCGAUUGUUCUUCAAGAGUCCAAAGGCUGCGUCCGAGUGCGAACGACUAACAAUGGUGUGCAAAACCCAGGCUUGAUGCAAGCCCACGACGGCGCAUUCUCUUGCAACAUGGAAGGAAACCUUCAGACCCCAUGCCCAGCUUCUCAGAUCUUUGGCAUGAUCUUUGAUGGCGUUGGCGGAACAUCAACUGGGGACGGGCUUGCGAAGAUACUGAACCAGCUGGCAUCGAGCGGCAACGACGCGCAGGCUUAUUAUCGGGCGGCUCGUCAAUACAAUACUGGCUCAAUUGCGCAGGACGGUGAUCUGGAUGUGGGUGGACACUCUACAAACUGCUAUGCUAGUGACGUUGCCAACCGUUUGACUGGAUGGGUCUGGGCUGAAACCGCGUGCUCUUUGUGA